AGCUGAAUGUCUAAAGGUGAAAUGCACCAAAAUACUCGAUGUGUGGGGUUUCUUCCCAAAUUCACCGUCUAUGGCUGCCUGUGUCACCCAUCGUGCAGCGCUGCCCUCUGGCCGGGGACGCCACAUGAAUAACAACAAUCCCAGUUCAGCCAUAACCCUUACAAAAUUUAGCAUUCUUUUCUUAAAUUUCAGCUUCUCUGGAAGCCAGUGAUUCAUGACUCUCAGAAUUGGAGUUUAUUGUUUGUUCAGAAUACAAGAUUUUAACAGCGUAUUGAGAAAGAUUUGACAACAUAUCGCAAGACUGUCGUAAACCUUUGGAAUGCUGAAGGCAAAUGAUAAAAAGUAGCACUAAAUCUUUAAUUCAACUUCAGUAGAAGUUGAAUUCCUUCAGUAGAAGUUGAAUUCCACUUUGGGGAAGGACGUGGAUUUUUCAACAGCUGGAGCUGCACUGGAGUUCCAUCUCCCUCAGCUUCCCGCCAGCCAGGAACGGACAUUUGAGAUUACGGGAAGAGGAAAAUGGCUGGAUGAGGAAGGGCUUCUUCCCUAUCCAGAGAAGCUGGACUGACCUGCACCAGCUUUAAUGGAGGGGCAUGGUCUGUGUCCCACUGAAACUCCAGCCGGGAACAAGGCCAGCUUCAGGGAAACAAGUCUGGCUGGUCAGGAGAGCCACAUCUCCAGUUCUGAGGUUCUUGAAGCAAUAGAAAAUGUUAUCCAAGGUGUGCUUCAAAGCCUGGCCCAAAAAAAAGCACCUGUUCUCACAGUGGCCAACAGAACAGACUGGAGGAACAUUGAAUUUAAAGAUUCUGUAGGUCUACAGAUGAUACCAGGUUGUACUUCAAAACAAAUAAGAAGUGACUGCCCUCAAUCAGCAAAAAGAUUUGCUCUGAUGCUCAAAAUAUUAUCAAUUAUCUAUAAGAUGGUGCAGAGCAACACUUAUGCAACUAAAAGAGAUAUAUAUUAUUCAGAUACUCUGCUGUUUGGUAGCCAAAGUGUUGUGGACCAAAUAAUCAAUGACAUUUCUUGCAUGCUUAAGAUACCCCGGAGAAGUCUACAUGUGCUGUCUACCACUAAAGGUUUUGUUGCUGGUAAUUUAAGUUACACUGAGGAAGAUGGUACAAAAGUGAAUUGUACUUGCAGUGCAACAGCAGUCACUGUGCCAUCUAAUGUUCAAGGAAUUAAAAAUUUAACCUCACAUGCCAAAUUUAUAUUAAUUGUAGAAAAAGAUGCAACUUUCCAGAGACUCCUGGAUGAUGACUUCUUCAGUAAAGUGUCCCCAUGUAUCAUGAUCACGGGAAGAGGCAUACCAGAUCUUAAUACACGACUUUUGGUCAGGAAGCUGUGGGAUUCUUUUCAAAUUCCUAUUUUCACCCUUAUGGAUGCAGAUCCGCAUGGUGUAGAAAUAAUGUGUGUCUACAAAUAUGGAUCUGUGUCAAUGUCCUUCGAGGCCCAUCAUCUCACUGUUCCCUCUGUCAAGUGGCUUGGUCUCCUUCCAUCAGAUCUUGAGAGAUUAAACAUAUGCAAAGAUGCCUUGAUUCCAUUUACAAAGCAAGAUGACAAUAAGUUAGCAAGUAUUCAGAAGAGACCUUACAUUGCUUGUCAGCCUCUGUGGAAAAAAGAGCUAGAUAUUAUGGCAGCAUCUAAACUGAAGGCUGAAAUUCAAGUUUUAACUUCUAUCUCAGCAGAUUACCUGUCCAGAGUCUAUUUACCAAACAAACUGCAGUUUGGUGGAUGGCUGUGA